GCCUGCGCUCCCGCGCGGCGCAGCGGGUGAGUGCACCAAGGGACGACCGAGGGGUGCGGAAGGGGCGAGCUCCGCGCCUGAGGGCAGGAGCUGUGGGCAGAGAGGGGAGGGGUAGGGUAGCGGCCGCCGCAUGCCCGCCCUCUUCCCCCUCCCUCAUCCAUCUCCUGGGCACACCGGUCGGACCUGGCUGCAGGUAGAGGACAUCAAAUAGCAGGAUGGAAGAACUCUAGCUGAUGGUGAGACAAACAACACACCCUUUCAGCAUGGAGCCUGUUCCAGUUGACGGGGAACUUGAUAGAAAUUCACAUCAUGGUGAUAACAGAGACUCUUAUGGACCAUCAACAGUGGUAACAAACAGCGAUGAAUCACAGCAUUUAACUCUGGGAAAAAUGAGCCAGCGCCAGGGAAAAGAAGCCUAUUUUACCCCAUCCAAAGAGUUAUUACAACCAUCUCUCAGCCCAGGAACUGCCCACAGCCAUGAAUGUGAGGUAAAAGGCUGUUACUGCAACACCCUUGUUUCAACCAGCUAAUGCUAACCAGCUUUCACAGAGACCAUAAUCCUUAUACAAACACCUUAACUCAUGAAGGAAGAGGGUCCAGUGCGACGUAGGUUUUCUUCAUGUGCUGGGAUUUCAUCUGUGUUUUCUCCAAGAGCUGAUGGCCGAAAGCUUGUCCGAAAUGCUUCAUUUGGAGGAUAUAAUGAACUCUCUCCUGCUUUACCAGGUUUUGACAAAGGGAAGGAUGAAGUCUCACAAAACAAAGAGGAUACGGCACAUUCUAUGUCAAAAAGCAAGUCUGAAUCCAAGCUUUUCAAUGGCUCUGAGAAGGACAUCUCUUUAUCUUCAAGCAAGCUUACAAAAAAAGAAUCUCUCAAGGUUCAAAAGAAAAACUACAGAGAAGAAAAGAAAAGAGCUACAAAAGAAUUGCUUAGCACAAUCACAGACCCAUCAGUUAUAGUUAUGGCUGACUGGUUGAAGAUUCGUGGUACCUUGAAAAGCUGGACCAAACUGUGGUGUGUACUGAAACCAGGAGUGCUGCUUGUUUACAAAACCCCCAAAAAUGGCCAGUGGGUAGGAACAGUGCUUCUGAACGCUUGUGAACUCAUUGAGAGGCCUUCUAAAAAAGAUGGCUUUUGUUUUAAACUCUUUCAUCCUUUGGAGCAGUCCAUAUGGGCUAUCAAGGGUCCCAAAGGUGAAGCAGUUGGUUCUAUAACUCAGCCGUUGCCCAGCAGUUAUUUGAUCAUCCGAGCUGCUUCAGAAUCAGAUGGCAGGUGUUGGAUGGAUGCUUUGGAGCUAGCCCUGAAAUGUUCAAGUCUGCUUAAACGUACAAUGAUUAGAGAAGGUAAAGAACAAGAUUUGAACUCUUCGGCAGACAGUACUCACGUCUCUCUCUAUGGUCUGCUUCGUGCUAACAACUUGCACAGUGGAGAAAACUUACCGUUAAAUGACAGUGAAAUUGAAAGGCAUCACUUUAAAGAUCAAGAUAUGUACUCUGACAAAUCUGAUAAAGAAAAUGACCAUGAGGAAUCUGAUAAUGAUGGAUUGGGGAAAAGCGAAGAGAGUGACAGCGACACAUCAGAGCGACAGGAUGAUUCUUACAUUGAUCCAGAACCAAUUGAUAUCAAGGAAACUACUUACGUAGAACAGAGCCAUGAAGAACUUGGGGAGGCAGGGGAAGCUGCUCAGACAGAAGUCGUGUCAGAAGAAAACAAAAGUCUGAUCUGGACACUGCUGAAGCAAGUCCGGCCAGGGAUGGACUUGUCCAAGGUUGUAUUGCCUACAUUUAUCUUGGAACCUCGUUCUUUUUUGGACAAGCUGUCUGAUUACUACUACCAUGCAGACUUUCUGUCUGAAGCCGCUCUUGAAGAGAAUGCUUACAACCGCAUGAAAAAAGUAGUGAAGUGGUAUUUGUCAGGAUUCUACAAAAAGCCAAAGGGACUAAAAAAGCCGUACAAUCCAAUCCUUGGUGAGACCUUCCGCUGCAUGUGGAUUCAUCCAAGGACAAAUAGCAAGACUUUUUACAUUGCAGAACAGGUAUCCCAUCAUCCUCCAAUAUCUGCCUUCUAUGUUAGCAACCGCAAGGAUGGUUUUUGCCUUAGUGGUAGCGUUCUGGCAAAAUCCAAAUUCUAUGGGAAUUCAUUAUCUGCCAUACUAGAUGGAGAAGGACGACUAACAUUCCUAAAUAGAGGAGAAGAUUAUGUAAUGACAAUGCCAUAUGCUCAUUGUAAAGGAAUUCUUUAUGGCACAAUGACCUUAGAGCUUGGGGGAACAGUCAACAUCACCUGUGAGAAAACUGGCUACAGUUCAACAAUUGAAUUCAAACUCAAGCCUUUUUUGGGUAACAAUGACAGUGUUAACCAAGUAUCAGGGAAGAUUAAGCUUGGCAAGGAAGUUCUGGCUGUUUUGGAGGGUCACUGGGACAGUGAAGUUACCAUUACUGAGAAGACAGAUGUUUCAGAGACAUUCUGGAACCCAACAUCUGAUAUCAAGCAGCGUAGACUACCUAGAUACACAGUGAAGUUCGAAGAACAAGAUGACUUUGAGUCAGAGAAGCUUUGGCAACAAGUGACAAGAGCAAUAAAUAAUAAAGACCAAACAGAAGCUACUCAAGAGAAAUACAUUCUGGAAGAAGCUCAGAGAAAGAGUGCCAAAGAGAGGAAGCUUAAGGGUGAAGAGUGGACAUGCAAGCUGUUCGAUCAGGAUUCAGUCACAGGAGAAUGGCAUUACAAAUAUGCUGAUACCAGACCUUGGGAUCCUUUGAAUGAUAUGAUCCAGUUUGAAAAAGAUGGCACCAUCCAAACUAAAGUUCGGCAUCGGACACCAAUGGUUAAUGUUCCAAAAAUCAAACGAAAGCCAGCCAGUCAGAAGAAAGGGGAGUGUGGUUUCUCAUCCCCAGAGCCUGAUAACCAGGACUCCUCUGGAAGCGAAGCACAACUUCUGAAGCUUAAUACAAGAAUAAGGAAAAAAGGGGCAGAUCUUGGUGAACUUCAGAGUGCCAUUGAAUCUAUAAAGGAAACACAAGAAGACAUUAAGAGAGACAUUAUGGCUCUACGAAAUAGAGUCACUUCUAAUUCACCACCUGUGGACUACCAUUUUUUGCAGUUUAAGCACUAUGUCUUCAUUUUACUCGUGGUUCUGCUGCAGCUUAUCGUUAAUUUCUUGUUCAAAUAGGAAGUGUGAACAAGGGCCUUUCUGAACUGGAAUGAUCAAACUGUUACUGAGGAUCAUAUUUUAGGUCGGACUUUAAAUGAUGCAAUACUAUCUAAAAGAGCCCUGUAGCAACAACUUACAGAACUUUGCCUCAGCCUCCAUGGUUCAGAAUCAUACUCCUGUCUUUACCUAGUGGAAGUAGGAAUCGUGUAAGUGCCAGUACACUCUUGCUCCUGGUGUGUGCCUCUGUCUCACAGACAUCCAACAUCAGCCUUGUGUUUUAUAUUAUGUCAUAUACUGUAGUGAUGAAUCUUCACCACAGAACAGAUGCAGCUAAAAACUCAGAGGUCAGACCCUAUAGGCAGGAUGUGAUUCCUGUUGCAACAGAAUGAUAAAUGAGUAUACUUUGGUACAUUUAAACUUAGAAUUUUUGUAACAGAGGAACUUUUGAAGUAGCCAACACUUUUUUGUAAAUGGCUUUGGGUGUUUGAAAGUAAACAUUUGUUUAAGGUCCAAACAGACACAUGAUCAUGAGUGGGAUCACAUUAGGAACUGGCAAGUAAAAACCUCUGGUCUUUCGGAAUUCUGCAAAAUGAUGUCCUUUAUAAUGUCCUUGAUUUGUUUGGAAAGUAUGACAAUUUUAAUCCUACAGUGGCUUGUAAGCCAGCUGGGUUUUGUGGUUUGUUUUUUUAUAUAUAUAUAUAUACUUUUAGAAGUUCAGGUUCUUCGCGAAACUAUUCCUGCAUCUACUGUACAGAGCAUAUUUUUAACAGUACAGCACCCAAGAAGGUACUGUCUUGGUCCAGUCUCUCUCAUUGGUUGCAAAUGUCAAGGAUUUAUGGUAUGUUUGUAAAUCUAGAAAAAUCCACGGCUUUGAAUUUACAUUUGUAUAUGGCCAUGUCUCUGUUUGCAGAUAGACUGCUGAUGCCAGGGUUCACUCUUAUUUUCGAAGCAAAAUGUGAAGAGGGAAAAGUGUGCUUAAAAUGUAGCCUGAGUUGAACCUCCCAAAAGGCAGACAAUGGAGAACAGAAUCUGGGCACUAUCAUGGGUUCACUUGGUAAUGAAAACUUGUGUGUUUACAAGGGGAAAGGCUUCAGAAAUUGUGUGAGGGAUAACAACACAAAUAGCAAAACGAGUGAAACCUUAAGUCUUCGUUAAAUUUCUCCUUACUCUAAUAUAUACUACCUAACAGGACACACUGAUGCACCUAUUCAUUAUGCUGUAGCCAUACCAUAUUGGUGUGAGGCUUAAGUUUCAGUUUCAAACAGGUUUCCAGCAUUUGUAUUUGCAGAAAUAUAUGCCUUUAUCAAACUUGUAAAAUUCCAGCAAAAAAAUUGAGUGCCAGUGUAUACCUGGUGAAUUCCUAAUGCUACUCAAGCAUAAAAAAAUCAAAAGGGGGCUGUGUUGUAUGUAAAGGUACUUCAGUCACCCAAAUAAGAGGAUGAGUAGCACAAUGCAAAAGGGCAGCCAAGUUUGUUUUCAGAGUAUCCUCUCAGAAACCAAAUUCAUCCCUGGACAGUGGAACAUUUCAAAGGUCACUUGUGGCUCUUUGCUGUGGCCUGGUCACCCCUCUGCCCCUGGCAGCCUCCCUGACUGUCCAGGUAAUCCACCUUUUUGUUCUUCAUCUGUCUCACCUAGUAUUUAGUGAAAAUACUAUUUGCUUGUUUCUUGUCAGUCUAACUUACAAAUUCCUGUAGCAGACAUCUUCACACACUUUCUGUUUUUCUUUUUUUUCUUUCUCCUCCUUUGGGUCUCAGCUACAUAAAAGUUUAUUGUUUAAGCAGCCAACUUCAGUUUAUAACUUACAGCUCCAUAUUGGCAUAGUUUGGUCUUGAAUAAUUUUCUGGAAUGUCAUACCUUAACCAGAAUUAUCUUGUAUACGUGGGCAAGACCAAAUUCGAUUUGACUUGCACUUACAGCUCAUGAGGUAAAGUUUGUCAACAUAGAAAGUCCCUCUCUCACUGGUGUAGAAGUAUUUUUUUUUUAAAUCCCUAAGUUAAGUCUCUAAAAAAGAAGCUGAAGUUGUUUGCCAUGUGUAAGAUGGCAUAAAGAAAGCAGAAUAUUAUAGCAUUAGUGUUCUGAGUCUAGAAUUUGGCCAUUCAUUAUUGCAUUCAGGUGUCAAAGUGUUACCUGUCUUAAAACCCAUUAUAAGCCUUAAAGCCAUAUGAGAAUACCAGAGGAAAUAAGUGAGAAAUUGGGAAAUAACUUCAAUGCCCUAAAAUAAUAAUCUGCUAAAAAUCUGUGGUGCUGAAGCUCUUGUCUGAUAGUUAAAAGUUUCAGGCCUUUCCUUUUGACUUUUAAAUCACUUUUAUUCAAGAUCAGUUAAUAACACAGAGUGUGGUCAUUUUUACACAGACUGCAUACCAUUAAGUGUGGAUUUGACCCAGCUGGCUGGCUGCAGAGUUGGACAGCAGAGUCCACAUCUGAAAUUUAUGCCUAAGAGAAGUAAAAGACAACAGAGCAAGACAAAAUGCCUGUCCUUAUUUUCCUUUUCAACUUACUUUUUUAGUCCUGUUAUAGCAGUGGUUUCAUUGGUGACCCAGGAAGGUUAAACAAUGUCUUACUAAGCUUUCUGAAAAGCAGGAUUGCAGUCUGAUUGACUGUAUCAUUACAAAACUUAAAUUCUAAAGAAUGUAUAGAAAACUUAGUAAUUCCUGUCAUUUGCUGGGUUUUGUAUGAUGUUCUCUUCCAUGAAAGGAACAAAGAAAUAAGUCUGAUUUUUGCAGUGCAGCUGGUCAAAGGCAUGUACACAGCCUUUUCUUUAGUGCAUCAUCACCAUUGUCCUCCUUAAAUAUGAUGUGCACCAUCUUGAAUAUUACAUACUUAAGGCUGAGCCCUGCACACAGUUAGAAAAAUUAAUUGUACAGCUUUCAGAUAUUUGAGGGCUGUGGCUUCUUGCUAGUUUUUAAAGUUUAAAACAGCACUUGUUUUCACACUUGAUUUAAAGAUCUUGUUUCGUUCAGGUUUUUGUUUUUUUUUUCUUGUACAGGAAACGUUUUCAGAAUUAAUUGCCUUGUUCUGUUGGUUUGGGUCUGUCUUGUUUUUUUUGGUUUUGUGUUUGGUUUUUUUUUUAAUGCAUUCUAAGCCCUUAAUUUGACAUUUGUUAGUUAUAGAUGACCUAAAGUUAAGAAACCACCAUGUGAAAUGCCGUAUCACUUUCAGCAGCAGAUGAAGUUUGUUUCAUUUUAUAUGUUGAUUCCUUUAAAUAGCUGACAUUACUUAGGUUGUUUCCCCACCUACCCCUCCUGAUUCAAUCUCAUAAAUUAUUUGAAAGUUUGGAAGAUUGUCCCAUAAAAUGUAGUGAUGGUUUUUUGUUUUGGGUUUGGUUUUUUUUUGUGUUCACUGUCCUCCUGUGCCUUUGCGAUUAUUUUUUUUUCUAUACUGGUGUGUAUGGAACAGACUUUGUAUAGUUUCUUAAAAGGCUAUUAUUUCACCACUGUUUGUGUAAAUAACAUAUAACAAGGAUUCUGUACAUCUGUAAGUUUUAAUUAUUAUUUCAAGGAUAUCCUGGAAUAACAAAAUUUAGGAGACAUUCAAGUAUUGUAAACUGUGCCUUCUUGACAGGUUUCUUGCUGUUCUGAGAUAGGUAAAGAAAAUUUGUCAAGUUUGUGCCAUAUGUAACAUCUGACUUUGUGUUUGAAAAUAACUUCCUUGCUUCAUCCAUCCCUUGGGGGGGGGGGAAUCAGCUGUUAAAAACAACUUUAAAUUAUUCCCUCUUCUGGCUCCUGAGCCACAGAGUGGAGAAUUUUUGGUGUUUGAUACCGGCAGUCUUGCAAUCGGAAGCUGCAAUACUUUGUUUAUGGUAUCACAGAAACAGACGUCACAAAAUAGCAACCUCACAGAUUAUUUUGGCUUUUUAUCCUCGAUUUAACACUGCAGCAGGCUGCGGACCGAGGACGGGGCUCCCGGUAUCCGUCCCCGUUGUCACUGCCCCGGGACCCAGCCCAGGCCAUUACCGUGACCAAGGGGCCAAGCUGAGUCUUCACCGCACCGAGUCUGCCCGUGUUUCAGCUCGGCCGCC